UUGCGAGAAAAGUCUUAACGAUUCACUCAACAUUGAAAAUUUAAACAAGGAAUCGUUCCAUCCUUAAACCCGGAGAGGAAAGUGAAAAAACAAAAAACAAAAAAUAAAAAAUCCAAUACUGCAACAAAAACAAUAAGGUAGAUUGAAAGGCUGCAGUGUCACACCCUGAUGAUUAAGUCUACUAAUUAAUUAGUACUACUACUAAUUAAUAAACAUUCUUUUUUAUAUAUAGAUUGCAUUUAUUGACCAGAUCGAUUUUUGUCUGAACCUGUAACUAUAAGUAUUAGUACUACUAUACUAACCAGAAAGCAUCUUAUAAAGUAGUAGUCGGUUUUGUGAAUUAAGGGAGAGAAAGACAUGGAUGGUGAAAUUAUCAACUUCGUUUUUGUGUGGGCAACGGUUUUGUCCUGUCUUUACUACUGUCACACCGUCGGCAAGAUAUUCCGGCAACCAAGCUGGUGGCGCGUAAUCGCUAUCCUCCCCGUUCCGAUCCUCUUCUUCUUUCUCCCCCUCAGACUCACCACCAUUCAUCUCGGCGGCACCACCUGCUUCUUCAUCGCCUGGCUUUCAAGCUUCAAGCUCAUCCUUUUCGCUUUCGACAAAGGCCCUUUGUCCUCCUCCUCCUCCUCCGCCACCUCUUCCUCCGUCUCUCGUUUCAUAGCCGUCGCUUGCUUUCCCAUCAAGCCUCAUCAAGAACGCCAAUCUUCUUCUUCGCCUUCACGAAACAAGAGGAGUUCAAAAACCCUGAAGAAUUAUGCCGUGAAGAUUGCUCUUUUGGGCUUAUGCAUUAGGGUUUAUGCGUAUAAACAGUCGAUCCCGGAAAAGAUCAUCUGGUUUUUCUACGCCCUCCACAUAUACUUCAUGCUAGAAAUGAUCCUGGCCGCUGUCGCGUCAUUAGCACGCGCCGCCGUCGGGGUGGAGCUGGAGCAGCAGUUUGAUGAGCCGUACUUAGCCACGUCACUCCAAGACUUCUGGGGGAGGAGGUGGAAUCUGAUGGUGUCCAACAUCUUGAGGCCCACUGUUUACGAUCCGGUCCGUGGGAUCUCAAAAGGGUUUGUUGGGCCGGAGUGGGCCAGCGUCGUGGCUGUGGUGGCGACUUUUGUGGUAUCAGGGCUGAUGCAUGAGCUAGUGUUUUACAAUAUCGGAAGGGUGAAGCCCAAUGGGGUGGUGAUGUGUUUCUUCAUUCUUCAUGGGGUGGCUUUAGCAGUUGAAUUAGGGGUGAAAAGGGCAUUGAAGGGUAAGGGGAGGAAGAUUUGGGUACCCCCAAUGAUGGUGUCAGCCCCAUUGACACUUGGGUUUGUGAUUUAUUCGAGUUUUUGGCUCUUCUUCCCGCCGUUGUUGAGGGCUAAGGCUGAUUGGAAAGGGUGUACGGAAUCACUUGCUUUUGUUGAGUUCUUGAAGCAUGGUCAACUUGUUAAUCCAAACAAUGUUACCUGUCCUUUCCUGCCUAAUUACACCGAUGAUCAUGUAAUUUGAAUAAUUCGCCUAGUCUUCCGGUGUUUGCAAUUUUUGCUAAAUUCCUUUAGCUAUUUGUCAUGUAAAAAGGUUCCACAAAUUGGUGGAGAUUUGGACUAGAAAAAAAAAAAAGGUGUAAUUUUGACAUUCUAGAUUGUACAGUAUACUACUAGUUGAUGGUUGGACAGAAUGAGCUGCUUAAUUUGGCGGAGGACUCAGUUUCUCGUGAGGACAUAAAUUGAAUAGGUCAGUUUGGGUCGAUGAGACUGAAGACUGAAAAAUCCAAAUUAAGCCAAACUGAUAUUUCUUGCUAAAGGGUGGGUAAUUGUUCCAGCAAUUAUGAAAGAAAAAUUUCUAAGGUAAAACCAUCACCACCACAGUAAAGCAUUUUCACUCAGAGUAGUACCGCACUUUUUUUAUUUGUUGGUGUGUUAUCCAUUCGGAGUGUCCUAAAUCAUUAUUCUCACUAAUAAACCUCUAAUAGUGAUGACGAAAAUGAUGAAACUGAUAAAAU